AUGUUGAGGGACACUCAUGCCAUUGGGGAGCAGAACCAGAGCUCGCGCAACCCUCCUAGCCCAAUUCGCCGACUUGUCCAGCAUCCUCAGUCUCGCGAGGUUGACAUUGAUUCCUCACCCGCCAACGGAGACUUUGGUGGAACGCGUACACCGUAUCAGGAACGCAGCCGAAUCCGCCGAGAUGCCUUCAGUCCCAAUUAUUUCAACACUUUUUUCGUUGAGGAGAGGGAACUCGGCAGGGGAGGAAAGGGUGUCGUUCUCCUCGUCCGCCACGAGAUUGAUGGCUGUCAUCUUGGCCACUUUGCGUGCAAGCGGGUGCCUGUUGGUGAUGACCACACCUGGCUUGAGAAGGUCCUCGUUGAGGUUGAACUACUUGCGAAGUUGUCACAUCCAAACCUCGUUUCCUAUCGGCAUGUCUGGUUGGAAAACGUAACACUUAAUCGCUUCGGUCCCCCGGUUGCGUGUGCCUUUAUUUUACAACAGUACUGCAACGGAGGAGAUUUAUUACAGUACAUUCUCGGAGACCUGCAAAAAGAAACUACCAAGGAGGAGCUCAAGGCGCAGAUGCGAAGAAGAUCUCGGGGACAGACAGAGCGCCCGAAGAAUCUUCGCCGUUGGCUUUCCUUUGAGGAGAUAUACUCCUUAUUCAGGGACAUCACAUCGGGACUAGCAUAUCUACAUGGUGCUAGCUACAUCCAUCGUGAUCUGAAGCCAAGCAACUGCCUAUUGCAUCGUGAAGGAGCUAAAAUAACCUGUCUCAUAAGCGAUUUUGGCGAGGUGCAAUCCGAAGGCGGCAUUCGUAAGUCAACGGGUGCUACGGGAACUAUCUCAUGGUGUGCUCCCGAAGUUCUGCGAGCCGACGCAACGGGCAGAUACGGCAACUUCACCACAAAGUCUGACAUAUUCUCUCUUGGCAUGAUACUUUACUUUAUGUGUUUUGGCCGCCUGCCUUACGCUAAUGCGGAUGCCGUUCAUGAAGAACUUGAGGAUAUUGACUUGCUUAGGGCCGAAAUCACGGACUGGAAGGGCUUCACGGAUGAAAAGAGGGAACGCCCAGAUCUCCCCCCCGAACUCUACGGGCUGCUGAAGAGACUGCUCGAUACUGAGCCGCUCAAUCGACCGAGUGCUGCUGAAGUGCUCGCUGCGAUGAAGAACGAGACUCCCUUCGAAGGGGCUUCCUGGUUACCCCAGAGCCCCAAUCAUCCGCUGUCUCCCUCGAGCGGUCGGGUUCAAAAUCUAGACUCCCCAUUGGCUCCAGUCCCCUCGUGGGCUUAUCUAAAGGCCCGGUGGCAUCCGGGUUUGCACGGGCUCAAGCAAGCCCUUCUAGCCCUAGGCAUCGAGGGCAGCCCCCCCGCGGUCAGGACGGGGAUCCCGGCAUGA